AGGAUGAGUGAUGCAAAAAAUGAAGACAUAUUUAUAGAAUAGAAUAAGGAAAUUCAUUCGUGGCAGAUAAGAGGUAACACCUCUGCAAGGGCUAAUUAGAAUGGCCAAUGGCCAAGACCAUAAUCACCGACUCUAGUUUGGAUUCUAGAACUUGAACAAUCAAAAACACGUUUCGAGUUCUAAAAUUAGAGUGGGGUAUUUAUGGAAAAUCAAAAGGUGCGAGAGGCUUGGCGAAAAAGAAAAAGUCUACAAAAUAUGUGUCGUAGUUCAAGGAUUUUUUUUUCUACCCCAACAUUUAUAUCUUUACCCGUACAAACUAUUUUUUCCAAUUUUACCUUUCUUUAUCAUUUGACUUCACCCUACAAAUUUUUUCGGAUGAAUGGUAGUCGAAAUUUCAUAUCGGAAUACUUGAGAAAAAGAGAUCUGGAAUGUACAAUCCAUAACAAGGUGGAGAUAGGUACCGGAUUACUUUGAAAAAGAGUUCUAGAAGAUUAGCUACGGUUAAACCAUGGCUAAACAUAGUUAAACUGUAGCUAAAGAACAAAAUCUAGAUUUCAAGUGCAGAUUGAAGAAAAGCCUACGAGUGUUAAAUCUUGGCUUCUGGGCUUUGGGUGUGAUACUAGUGCUAUCAUCAAUAUACUUGCUCAUAGAGAUGCUACUCAGCGUGCCUACCUCCAACAAGAAUAUAGUGCAAUGUACUCUGAGGACCUUCUCAAACGAUUAUCUUCGGAGCUUUCUGGCAAAUUGGAGAAUGCAGUUCUGCUUUGGAUGCAUGACCCUGCCGGACGUGAUGCAAUAAUACUUAAGCAGACUCUAACUGUGGCCAAAAACCUUGAAGCUGCCACUGAAGUAAUAUGUUCACGAACUCCAUCCCAGCUGCAAUAUUUAAGACAGAUAUACCAUACUAAAUUUGGAAUUUAUCUUGACCAUGAUAUUGAAAGAAAUGCCUCUGGGGAUCAUAAAAAGAUUUUACUUGCAUAUGUAAGCACACCACGCCAUGAAGGCCCUGAGGUUAAUAGAGAAAUGGCUGAGAAUGAUGCAAUGGUUCUGUAUAAAGCAGGUGAAAAGAAACUGGGAACUGAUGAGAAAACUUUUGUGCAAAUAUUUAGUCAACGGAGUGCGGCACAGUUGGCUGCCAUAAAUCAUUUUUACCAUGGCAAGUAUGGCCAUUCACUGAAAAAGGCAAUAAAGAAUGAAACAUCAGGGAAUUUUGCUCAUGCACUUUUGACAAUAGUCCAAUGUGCCGAGAGUCCUGCAAAGUAUUUUGCAAAGGUCCUACGUAAAGCAAUGAAAGGUCUGGGGACCGAUGACACAAAACUUUUGAGGGUGAUUGUAACAAGGAGUGAGAUUGAUCUGCAUUACAUCAAAGCUGAAUAUUUAAAGAAAUACAAGAAGACGCUGAAUGAUGCAGUUCACUCAGAAACAUCCGGACACUACAGAGCUUUUCUUCUCUCACUUUUAGGUCCCAAGCAGUAGUAGUCAAAAUGCUUGUUUUGUUAGGAAUAAUUUCACAUAUGAUGUUGAAUAUAUGAACACUUCCAAUCUUCUAUUUAUUGAUAUUGUAAAUUAGGCAGUGCUUAAUGGUUAGUGUUUUGUAAGUAAUAUGCACACAAACUACUCGGUCUUACUUGGUUGUCAGUUACAACAUAAUGCACAUAUCGACCGUCAUUUUGUAUA